ACCUCUUACUCACUCUUAAGAAGUAUCGCCCAACACAAAACCCCCAAUUACAAAUCUCUCUCUCUCUCUAGAAAGAAAAAAAAAAAAGAAGAGAAAAGCCCCCAUUUUCCUCUUUCUUGACGAUCUCUACGAAGCUCCGUCCCAUCUCUCAUUGCUUAAGAAUCGUCGUCCUCAUUUCUCCUUGCGAUUCUUCUCAGUUCUCCAGAUCCUCUCCGAACGAGCUCCUCCAAAUUCCCCCAAUCCAUUUUCCCGUUCCUAAGAUUUGAGUUUCUGGAACGGUAUUUCUGAAGGAUUUGGUUAAGAAUCUGGGGCAAUUAGCUUUGGAGUUUGGAGAAUGGCUUCGAUAUCUCAUUCUCCGGUCACUUUCGCCGGAACAUCGGCUUCGGAUCUUCUCCGGAGCUCGAGUAACGGCGUUAGAGGCGUUCCAUUGAAAGCCCUAGGGAGAGCGCGAUUGGGCGCUAGGAGGAAGGAUUUCAGCGUUUCGGCGAAGAUUAGAAAAGUGAAGAAGCAUGACCAUCCGUGGCCCCAGGAUCCUGAUCCGAAUGUCAAAGGUGGAGUUCUCACUCAUCUAUCUAGCUUCAAGCCUCUAAAGGAGAAGCCCAAACCCGUUACUUUGGAGUUCGAGAAGCCUCUCGUUGCUCUUGAAAGGAAAAUCAUUGAUGUUCGGAAGAUGGCAAAUGAGACUGGGCUGGACUUUAGUGAUCAGAUUAUUUCACUGGAGAACAAAUACCAGCAGGCUUUGAAGGAUUUAUAUACGCAUCUAACCCCUAUACAACGUGUCAAUAUUGCACGGCAUCCUAACAGGCCAACUUUUCUUGAUCAUGUGUUUAGCAUUACUGAUAAGUUUGUGGAGCUUCAUGGAGACCGAGCAGGUUAUGAUGACCCUGCUGUUGUUACUGGUAUAGGAACCAUAGACGGUAAGAGGUACAUGUUCAUGGGUCAUCAGAAGGGUAGAAACACAAAGGAAAACAUUCAGCGCAACUUUGGGAUGCCUACUCCCCAUGGUUAUCGAAAAGCUCUGCGCAUGAUGUAUUAUGCAGAUCACCAUGGAUUUCCUAUAAUAACUUUCAUUGACACUCCUGGUGCAUUCGCAGACCUUAAAUCUGAGGAACUAGGCCAAGGUGAAGCCAUUGCUCACAAUUUGAGGACUAUGUUUGGUCUGAAAGUACCAAUUGUCUCUAUCGUCAUUGGAGAAGGUGGCUCUGGUGGUGCCCUUGCCAUUGGCUGUGCUAAUAAAUUGUUGAUGCUUGAAAAUGCCGUUUUCUAUGUUGCCAGUCCAGAAGCAUGUGCAGCAAUCUUGUGGAAGAGUGCUAAAGCUUCUCCAAAGGCUGCUGAGAAGUUGAGAAUUACUGCAUCAGAAUUGUGCAGAUUGCAAAUUGCAGAUGGCAUCAUUCCUGAACCACUAGGCGGUGCACAUGCUGAUCCAUCUUGGACCUCACAACAUAUAAAAAAUGCCAUCAAUGAAGCAAUGGAUGAGCUUUUGAAAAUGGAUACACAAGAGCUACUCAAGCAUCGCAUGCUUAAGUUCCGAAAAGUUGGUGGGUUUCAAGAAGGACUCCCAGUAGAUCCAAAGAAGAAAGUGAACAUGAAAAAGAAAGAGGAGCCUAUUGUUGGGAGGACUCAACAUGCGGAUUUGGAGGGUGAGGUAGAAAAAGUGAAACAACAAAUUCUGAAAGCUAAGGAAUCCUCCAGUGAACCUCCAUUAUUGCGUCUAAAUGAGACAAUAGAAAAACUGAGAAAGGAGGUUGAUCAUGGAUUUUCAGAGGCAGCUAAAGCCUUGGGUUUUGAGGACAAGUUUGCCGCACUCCGUGAGGAAUUUUUGAAAGUCAAUUCAGAGGAACAACUCAUUGACCCGGCUUUCAAAAAUAAGAUUGACAAGCUCAGGAAUGAGUUCAAUCAGAACCUGCCAAAAGCUCCAAAUUAUGAAAGCCUGAAGAGUAAGCUUGACAUGUUGAAAGAAUUAUCUAAAGCGAAGAAUCUUGCAGAGAAGAACCAGAAGGCUGCAUUAUUGAAGCAGGAAAUCAACCAAAGAUUUAAGGAGAUCAUGGAACGACAGGAUGUAAAGGAAAAGUUCGGCGCACUGAAGACUGAAAUUCAAAGUUCCGGGGCGUCUAAAUUUGGGGACCUGGAUUCCAACCUGAGGGAGAAAAUUGUGAAGCUAAAGAAAGAGUUGGAGUUUGAAUUCGCAGAUGUCCUGCAAUCCUUGGGUUUGGAAGUGGACGUCAUGAAGUCAAAUGCAACUCAACUAGAAGAACUCAUUCCGCCCUCAGAAGUGAAAGCCAAGAUCAAAGAAUUGAAUAAAGAGAUUCAGGAAGGGAUUGAAAAUGUGGUCAGCUCAUCAGAUCUGAAGUACAAAAUCGAGCUGCUAAAGUUGGAGACUUCAAAGGCAGGAAAGAAGCCUGAUUUGGCAUCCAAAAAGAAAAUUGCGGCUUUAGAGCAACAAAUUAAGCAGAGCCUAGUAGCUGCAUUGGAUUCUUCAAACUUAAAAGAGAAGCAUGAGAAGCUGAAGGCAGAAAUUUCUGAAAGCAUCGGAUCUUUUGGAGGACUGGAUGGGAGUCUGAAAACAGAAAACCCAGACGAGGGAAGAGUGAAGAUAAAUGUUGGUGCAAAUCGCUGUUGAGCUUAAUGUUCUGGUUAGUCGGUGACAAAGAAGAUCCGUAACAAGAGAGAAGUGAUUGAUUAAUCAGUCUAAAACGCAUCAACAUCCGAGCAGGUACAGUCUACCUUUUAGCUUUGGCUAAGCGCCUUUAAGCACUCAUCGACGUCUUUAGCUAUGGAGCACACAGUUUUUGCAUCUACAGUAUUCUGAGGGAGACAGAAUAAUGCAAAGUUUUCCAAACUUCUUUUUAAAGGGUAUUAGUUUGUCAAAUGUUAGCUUCGAUGUUUCUGUUUUGCGUUUCUGUUUCUUUUUGAGAUAGUGUUUCUUUUUUAUUUUUCUCUUUCCUCAGUUAAUAGACUUUCGAUGCUUCCCGUUUCUCUUUUUGUCCCUGGACUGGACUAAAAGAACUCUUUGUAUAGAUUGCUACGGAGCGGGUAGUAUUCUUAGAUAAAACUUCUUCUCCUGUUUGGUGAUCAUAUUGUCUUGCGCACUGGCAAAAAAAAAAAGGGGGAAAAACGACUAACUAAA